AGUGUCUUUAUUGAUCCUGCUGCUACAGAGCCAGUGUCAUCAUGGUUCGAGCAACUCAAUUCCUGGCAUGGCUCGCUGGAGUCGCGUCCGCAGUGAACGCCGCUGCCUUAGAGAUUGCUCCAGAGGCGCUUGUUGAUCGCGCUCUCACUGCAUCUCUGGAUGCCAGCCUCACUUUCGGCCAGUGCCAUCCUGUCAUUCGCAAACAAGACUUUUGGAUGGAAACGAUCAAACAUACUGGCAUCUCUCCAUAUCUAAACGAUUCCUCAUAUGCGGUCUACCGUAAUGUGAAAGACUUUGGAGCGAAAGGUGAUGGCAAAACAGAUGACACCGCAGCAAUUCAAGCGGCCAUUGAUGCUGGCGGACGUUGCCUAUGGGGAUGCGGUCCAGGAGAUCCUCCUGCAAAGACACUUAAACCCGCCCUCAUCUACUUUCCUUCAGGCACAUAUAAGAUUUCACAGACCCUCAACAGCUACAUUUUCACUCAGCUUGUAGGCAACCCACUGGAUAGGCCCAUCCUCAAGGCCGAUAAGAAUUUCUCUGGUCGAUAUCUGCUAGAUACUUUCCCAUCUCCAACUACUUCUCCAUUCCCCACCACCAUCAACCUCUACUACCAAGUUCGAAACUUCGUUUUCGAUACUACAAAUGUAGAUGUCACAUCAUCCGUGGCUUGCGUCAACUGGCCGUCUGCCCAGGCCGUGACUCUGAGCUUUAACCAUAUGAAAAUGGCCGAGAACAGUCUCCACCAGGGUGUCGUUUUCAACGGAACCACGGGCGGCGGUGGCGGCUCUGCUACUUUCAUGGGAGACUUGGAGUUUACUGGUGGCAACAUUGGAAUUCGACUCAACAACCAGCAGUACGCCAUGCGUGCUUUGACUUUUAACAAUGUCAAAACUGGAAUCCUGGUUGAUCACAUUUUUACGCUGUCGCUUCAGGGUAUCAAGUUCAACAAUGUCAAUGUUGGCGUUAACUUUACUGCUGCACCCAAAAACUCAGUCGGAUCUGUCAUCCUGAUUGAUUCAGAAGCCAUCUCCACUAAGAAUGUUGUUCUCUCACAACACACAAUGAACGCCGAUGGCUCCCUCAUCAUCGAGAACCUCAAGAUCAGCCGCGUCGGCCAGGUCGUCGUUGAUACUCAAGGCAGCUCUCUGCUUUCGGGAUCGACUCGAUCCACUACAAUCAAAUCCUUCAUUCAAGGAACUGUUUAUAAGGAUCUGACUACCGGCAAGUAUCUCGAAAGCAGCGGCUCACUGUCACGACCCCAAGCCUUGGUCGACUCGAGCGGCGCUUACUGGACCAAGUCGCGGCCUCAGUAUGAGCAGUACAGCUCUGGCUGCUUUUCGAGUGUCCGAGAUUUCGGCGCUACGGGUGAUGGCAAGACCGAUGCUACCAAAGCUAUCAAUGCUGCUCUCAAGGCCAAUGCUAACCGAAGAAUCACUUAUUUCCCUGCCGGAAACUACCGAGUCAGUGGUACUAUCCACGUCCCUGUUGGAUCCAGAAUUGUCGGCGAGGUGUGGUCUACUAUUAGCGCAUAUGGAAAGACGUUUGAGGACGAGAAGAAUCCUCAAGUUGUCUUUAAGAUGGGCGAUACCGGCUCUCGUGGCAUCAUCGAAGUGAGCGACAUCGCCUUUGACGUGGCAGACGUCCUCCCUGGCGCCAUUCUCGUAGAGAAUAACGCUUCUGGAUUUAAGCCUGGUGAUGUUGGUCUGUGGGAUGCACACUUCCGCGCUGGUGGAACAAUCGGCUCUGCUGUUGAGACCAAGUGCCGCUCUUAUCCUCAAUCGCCCAUUGAUCAGUGCAAGGCCGCUUUCUUGUUCAUGCAUCUCAAGUCCAACAGCCAGACGUACAUGGAGAGCGUAUGGGGCUGGUCUGUUAACCGUGAUCUGGACGGAUUGAGCGGCGCCACCAACGGAACUAGCCAAUCUGUUGCCGUGGGUCGAGGUCUACUUGUCGAAUCCAAGCGCGGAACUUGGCUUGUUGGCACCGCAUUUGAGCAUUUUGUGCUAUACCAGUAUCAGUUUGUUGGCGCGGAAAACGUGCAUACUUUGAUGGCGCAAACUGAGACCGUGUAUUGGCAGCCUGCACCUGUGGCCCCUUCACCUUGGACGCCUGAUGCUCGUUACUCUGACCCCGAUUACUCAAACUGCGAUGGAAGCUCGCUGCAGUGCUUCAUGGGCUGGUCUCUGCGUGUCGUUGGCGGAAGCGAUAUGACCUUUUACGGAUUAGGCUUCUGGCAGUUUUUCAAUGGCCUCAAUGGUGUUUCAGGCCCAUAUGCUCAGGACAACAUUGUCUCUAUCGAGGGGCAGCCUAAGCGAUUGAAGAUAUUCAAUCUCGGCACACACUUGGUGAAGAACAUGGUUACUGUAAACGGCAAUGCUACUGCUUUCAGCGCCGAUAACAAGGGUGGCUGGGGUGGUCUUAUUGCUGCUUAUCUGCCCUUUGCAUAA